AUGUCACAAUGUGAGAGGGCGGGAUAGAAGCCUUGAGUGGGAGGGAAGAACAGUAGAGACACUGGGCACUGUAUGACUAGCAACCUGUGGAUCUAGGAGGUUUUUCCAUCCUUUCCUUAGCACCAUCUACAGAUAGGACACCUGACUGGAUAUAUUUUCACCAUAAUGGAGCUCGUAGGUUCUACCUUGACAGCUACCUAUGCCCAUCCAAGACCAACACCAUCAAAUUUUCUGCCAGCCAUCAGCACUAUGGCAUCAAGUUAUAAGAAUCGAUUCCCUCAUUAUUCUUUAACUCACAGCCUGAGUCUUCCUUGGAGACCUAGCACCUACUAUAAAGUUGCUGCUAUCACUCCGACUUUAGCACCAUUUUCCAAGAGUUCUCAUGGGGUCACCGCAAGCAACAUGCUCCCCUUUGUGUCCAACCGAACAGCACUCUUUAGCAGGUACUCUCCUGAUGAUUGGUACAGAACAAACCUGACCAACUACAAGGAAUCAGAAGCAUCACGGCAUAAUGCUGAGAAAAUGAGAGUGGAUACUUCCCGGAUGAUCCAGGAUAAGGAUCAACAGACACGGAAAACCCAAACAGAAACAACCAAAAAUAUAGGAGAGCGAGUCAAUGAUAUUGUAUUUUGGAAAACAGAGCUUAACCAUGAAAUAGACGGAAUGAUUGGAGAGACAAAUGCUCUUACAGAAAUGAAGAAACGUCUAGAAAGAGCAUUGGUAGAAACUGAAGGGCCCCUUCAGGUAGCCCAGGAAUGCCUCCUUCACCGAGAGAAGAGAAUGGGCAUAGAUCUUGUUCAUGAUGAUGUGGAAAAACAAUUGCUGACCGAGAUUGAUGUCAUCCAUUCAUGCCAAGAGAGAAUGAGAAGACACUUGGAUAAGUCAAUGGCCCAGCUUGCAGCUGAUAGAUCAGCCCAGCAUGAGCUGGAGAAAGACUUGAGUGACAAGCAAUCAGCUCACCGAAUUGAUGACAAAUGUCACAAUCUCAGGAAUACAUCUGAUGGCAUUGGCUAUUUUCGAGGUGUAGAGCGGUUUGAUGCUACGAUUUCAGUGCCAGAAUCCUGGGCCAAAUUUACUGAUGAUAACAUUCUGCGCUCCCAGAGUGAGCGGGCUGCCUCUUCCAAGCUCAGGGAUGAUAUUGAAACUUUGCUUGUGGUGACUGCCAAUGAGAUGUGGAACCAAUUUAACAGAGCAAAUGUUGCCUUUACCAACCGCAUCUCUGAAACUGCUGAUGCCAAAAAUAAGAUUCAGGCUCAUCUGGCUAAGACUCUUCAAGAAAUCUUUGAUACAGAGAUGACCAUAGAAGCGAUUCGGAAGGCUAUUCGGGAAAAAGGACCCCCUUUGAAAGUUGCCCAGACUCGCCUGGAUGAACGCACACGUAGACCGAACGUAGAACUUUGCCGAGAUUUUGCCCAAUUACGCCUUGUGAAUGAAGUAUACGAAAUUGAUGAUACAAUCCAGGGACUGCAACAAAGACUGAGAGAUGCUGAAGAUAUUCUCCAGACACUGCUACACACCAAAGCCAAUUUGGAACACGACCUUGCUGUCAAAGCCAAUUCACUUUUCAUUGACCAGGAGAAAUGUAUGGGGAUGAGGAAGACUUUCCCUAACACACUGAGGCUGGUGGGGUACACAUAGGUGGGUAGUGACUUCAAAGAAAUUUGGGAAAUAUGGACCUGACUAAGUAAUAAAGUGUGUCUAGGGGAGGUUUGCUUUGUUGCACUUUUAUGAAGUUUUUAUUUUUGGAGACAUGGCUAUAUUUUCAUAAAUUAAAAGUUUCUUUGCAUAGGAACACAGCUAUUUCCUACGUGGUGUGUCUAGUGUAUUUUCUUCUCUUCUAGGUGGAUAUUCUCCUUUAGUACACAACACUUGCUGUAGGCUAUAGGCAACUAAGUGGCACACAGUCCAAUUUUAAUGAUACUGACCAUAAUUCAGCAGCUCAGAUGUACUUACCACUUAUAACUGUAUAGGGAAUGAUGUCAUAUGUUCUAGCUGAAUAGGAGGAAGUGUAUGGGAAAUAAAAGGGGAAAGACAGCAUACUAUGUUUCCCUCUGGUAAAAGUGGAAUCUGAUUGUUUUAAAUCCCCUAUUCAUCAGGUUAAGGGAUAGAUUGCCUUAAGAAGGUAGAAUAAAAUCAAUCCUCUGUUUUCUCCACUCAAGCAAAUGACUUCUUCUGAUCCUGGUUGUACGUCUUCAACCCUGACUCAGCUUUUAGAGUGAUAAUUUAUUCUUGCUAACUCAUCAUACAGUUGUAAACAUUUCAAAAUGGGAAUUCUUCCGUCCCACUGUUAUAACUCAGUGGAAAAAGGAAUAUCCCAGAGGAAACUCAAAUAACUAAUAACCAUUGUGUGCAUUUUUGGAAAUGUGGGGGCUUCAAUAUGG